AUGAACGCCAAAGCGCUAUUUCCCCAUCCGUACCCCAGGCGGUCAUAUAACGCUGGCGCAAAGAUGGGAAAGAAGAAUCCGAAAAUGCUUCGUAAAAACUGGCUGGAGGCAUUCGCCGAGGCGACAUAUUCGCGCCUGAGUGCUGAGGAUGACUCCACAUCCGAUUACUGCAGCCCCGAUAUCAACGACAAUCCACGGAGCCAUUACGUCCGCCGCCCAGCCGUACCAAAAUAG